UCAGAAUUCUUCCUUAUGAUGAGGAGCCUCUUCUGCAACCCUAUUUACAUGCUUUGUGUCCUUGUAAGUGUGCUCCAGAUAAAUGCAGUUGUCAAUAUUAUGAUUUACAAGCCUAAAUACCUGGAACAUCAUUUUGGAAUCUCCACAGCAAAGGCAGUCUUCCUCACUGGUCUUUAUACCACACCUUCAAUAUGUGCUGGAUAUUUAAUUAGUGGUUUUAUUAUGAAGAAGUUGAAGAUUACUCUCAGGAAAGCUGCAUUCAUAGCACUUUGCCUAUUCAUUUCUGAGUGCCUUCUAUCCCUCUGUAACUUUAUGCUAACCUGUGAUACCAUUCCAAUUGCCGGCUUAACUACCUCCUAUGAAGGAAUUCAGCAGUCUUUUGAUAUGGAGAAUAAGUUUCUUGCUGACUGCAACACAAGGUGUAGCUGCUUAACAAAAACAUGGGAUCCAGUGUGUGGGGACAAUGGCCUAGCAUACAUGUCACCUUGCCUUGCAGGCUGUGAAAAGUCUGUUGGAACAGGAGUCAACAUGGUGUUUCAGAAUUGCAGCUGCAUUCGGUCAUCAGGAAACUCAUCUGCAGUCCUGGGGUUGUGUACGAAAGGCCCUGACUGUGCAAACAAGCUGCAGUACUUUUUAAUCAUAACGGUAUUUUGCUGCUUCUUCUACUCUUUAGCAACCAUACCUGGGUACAUGUUUUUUCUGAGAUGUAUGAAGUCUGAAGAGAAGUCACUUGGAAUUGGAUUACAGGCAUUUUUCAUGAGACUAUUUGCUGGCAUCCCUGCACCUAUUUACUUUGGAGCUUUGAUAGACAGAACCUGCUUACAUUGGGGAACUCAGAAAUGUGGUGAGCCAGGAGCAUGCAGGACCUAUGAAGUCAGUGCCUUCAGGCGCCUUUAUCUUGGAUUGCCUGCAGCUCUAAGAGGAUCAAUCAUUCUUCCUUCAUUCUUCAUUCUAAGACUUAUCGGGAAACUCCAAAUCCCUGGUGACAUUGACUCUUCAGAAACUGAACUUGCAGAGACGAAGCCCACAGAGAAGGAAAGUGAGUGCACAGACAUGCACAAAAGUCCUAAGGUCGAGAACGAUGGAGAACUGAAAACUAAGCUGUAAUGAGAUUUCUACUGGCCUGUGCAAGGCCAUGAACUGAAUACUCAUUUCACUUCCUUUGAAUCUUAAGAGAAAUAAUAGGAACCCUCAUCUUUAAGGACCUCAAAAACUAUUUUUCUCAUUAUAAAAAUAAUUACUGAUAUUAUUUUCAGAACUUCAGGGUAGUACUUAAGAUUUUCCUAGUGAAGACUUUAAUGGUGACCCCCACCCUGGACUUUAAAAAGCCUCCAUUUUCAAAGAGCAUUUUCUCUUUAAACUCAGUCAAAGGAAAUGUGUGUUUCUUACAUAUCUUCAAGUAGAUUUCAUUUCACUUUAAUUUCAUUGAAUUUACAUUUCAAUAUUGGAGGUAAUUAGAGCUGAAAGUAUGCCUUCUGGUUGUAUCAUAUUGAAAUAAAUUGUUCAGAUUGAUCCUUUCCAUGUGCAAGGUGUCUGCAUGUGUCUUUAACUAUUUGGGAGCUGUUAUCUUUCUUUUCUCAUUCUAGACUUUUGAUGCUUCAGAGAUUCGACUCUCACUAAUGUGUCAUCUCUUGUUUUCAAUUCCCUCUUUCAUUAUUCAUGUCACAUAUUUGAUCAUUUUGUUUAGAACUCUGACAAAUUUAAACAGGUUAUUAAAACUCAUAUAGAAAAA